UGCCAACUUCCCAUUCUACGAUACCUAAUACACCGACUUAUGAACAUGGAUACUCUUACAGUAUGUCUAAAUCAAUAUCGGAUCAAAAAAUACCAGCCAUACUUCUUGCAACCUACCGAAAUGGGUAUUUUAAAGAAUGGGAUCUCGCUUCUGGUCAGAUUACUCAUACAGUUGACACAAAUCAAAAGGGUGGUAUCAGCUGUCUUUUGGUAGUGGAUGAUGGUGAACAAAAUUACAGUAAAAAUGAGUUACGUAUUUUUACCGGAGCACGAGACGGAUCUGUCAAAUGCUGGGUUAGAAUAGUUGAAGAUUUGGACAAUGAAUCCGAUAAUACUAAUUCAGAUUGCAAUGAAUCACGCAAGAGCAUAUGGAAGUUGUUCUACACAAUACCAGGAGAAUUUGUAAACGCAAUUACUUGUGUAGCUGCUAAAGUAGUCAAAACCCAGAAGGGAUGUUUCGGCAUUGUUGUUACUGGAACUGCAGAUGGGGAGGUCAGAGUAUAUGAUUACCUUACAGGAAAAUUCAUAACGAGAUUAAGUUAUGGAAUUUCUGAAAAACAGAGGCGCGCAAAAGAGCGAGAAGAGCAAUUAUUGCAGAAACAAUUAUUAUUUCAGCAACAACAGAAUAAAACUAAGAAUUAUUUACGAAAAUCGUACAUAAGCCAACAGGAUUUAUCUGACUCGGAACAGGAUUGGUCUGAAGAGUACGAUGAUGAAUAUGAAUUUUGGGACGAGACUGACGAAACUGAAGAUUGCGUUUCCCAUGAGGGUGCGAUUACUAACAUUAUAAUUCACCCACUGAAAGAGGAGAGCUGUCCGUGUGGAAAUACCGAAGAGACUGGUGGAUUUUCGAUAACGACUUCGUCAGCGGAUGAAAAAGUGUAUUUUUGGCAACUAAUUCGAAGUGUUAUGGAUUGUACGUGCAUGACGUUCCAACUAGGUGAACCUAUAGUAGAUAAUUAUGAUAGGGGAGGUGCCACUGGGAGAUUUCAAAAAGUUGCUCAAUGGGACGGUGCAAUGACUAAAUUUCUUGGGCGUGUGAGCCAACCUGGUGGUGAAUGGGAAGUCUGGAUUCUGGAUAUUCAUUACCCUCAUGUUAUCGAACCAACAGAUGUUGAUAGUUCAAAAAAUCACGAUGAUGUCGUUGAAUUUAAAGUCAAAGUGGUUCCAUUAGUUAACGAAAAUGAUUUGAUUAUGGAAGAACAAAACAAGGAGAAAGAAGCAUUAUAUAAACGGCGCGAAAAUGCGGAAGAAUUAAAAGGAUUUGUUCGGCGGCGGAGGGAUGUUUCGGGAAAUUGCGCCUCAAGUCCAACAUAUCCCCUUUUAAAUAAUCACAAUCAAAAUCAUUCACAAGUUCGUAAUAAUGAAGAGGACUCUACACAAG